AUGUCCUGUCUAGGUGGAUCAAACACAACGUGCAGCUUCGUUUCGGCUAUCGAGUUACCGCUCAGCUCACUCGGUGGUUAUGCACGUUGGGUUGAGGCGGAACAGGACCCCGGCAUACUCCGUCUGAUGUCCGUUCGGAGUUCUGGCGCUGAGCGCAGUGCAAAAGGUUGUUGGCCGCCGCACCUGUUCUCCCUCGAAGACAUGACCCGACCUCGCAUCACCUACAUCGUCGUUGCUAUCACAGUCAGCGAUCAAGUUAGCACAACUGAUAAUGCUCCCAGCCAAUGCAUUAGCAAAGCCGCUGCUAACUACAAUGUCGAUACUCAGCAAACCCUCGGCAUGUACAUAAUGGGGAAUAAAUUGGAAGACCAAAAUGGCGUUCGAUAUAGAUUAGAUCGAGCGGAGGGAUGCGAAUGUCAAAUGAUUCCGCGUGUGUCGGAAAAGGGACAGACCAUGCCGAACCUAGUGAACUCCACCAAAGAUGGUGCCGGUGAUUACAAAUAUCCACCCAUUAUCCAAUCCAAUGAAAGGAGAAGCUGGAUUUGCCUGCAUUGGGAGGCACCUGAUUGCUGGGAAAUCGGAGUGUCACUUGAAUUGACAUCAGGGGGCUUAUGCCACCACGACACGCAGACGAUAAUGAGCAAUGAACGACAGCAAAGCCUAGACAACGGACUUGACUAA